AAAGAUGCUUGUCACUGGGCGUGAAAGAGAUUGCUGGUGAUAACACUGACACCAGAAAUACAGCUUAGCACUGAUAGACCGAUCAACUGUUGGAUAGCAGCACACCAUUUUCACAAUCACACAAGAUUUCUCUGGGAUUGCUUGGAGAUAACAAUAAAGCACAUGGAUAUUGCGCUACGCAGAAGAAGAGAUUAAGAAAAAACUUUUAGUGAUCUAAUUCUGCCAGAAAAGAAAAAAAAAAUCACCUGCAAUAAAACAAAAAAACCACCGAAAGAAUUACUCAUCACAGAAGAAAGGAUAUAUUUAAACUUCAAAGGAACGGACAUGGAAUAACAAUUUAGUCAGAGAAAGGAGUGGACUUGAAUCACGCAAAAACUGAUCAUUCGUCUUUCUUUUUUCUUGCGUUACCUGAAUAAAACUCAGCCAUGGACAUGAGAGGCCGUUACGGCGGUUACGUUGAUCUACAUCCGGUCAAAAUGACAUCACCCACGUGUGAGGACCUGGGCAUUCCCACAGAUCUUGGCGAUGAAGGAGGGAGCGGCCUGUACCCGCUGUUGUCUCGUCGUAUCAUUCACAGUCCCAGUAUUCAGCUGGAUGGGCUGCGGUACGAAAUGGAGAGCCGCAAGCUGGCGGACCCUUACUCCCCCCUGUGCAUGAUCCCCCUGCCAGGGGCCCUGGCGCUGCACGCCGCCGUGGAACCCAGCUUCAUCCGCAAGCGCAAUGAGCGAGAACGUGAGCGCGUGCGGUGCGUCAACGAAGGGUAUGAGCGUCUGAAGGAGCAUCUGCCCCUCGCCAACAAGGAGAAGCGCAUCAGCAAGGUGGAGACCUUGCGUGGUGCCAUAGAAUAUAUCCGACAGCUUCAGCAACUCCUCGCCGUCGUGCCAGACUCCGCGGAAUGUACCCCGAACACUGACACUGAAGAUGAAAACAGAGCAUCGACAGUCAAGGUGAAGGUGGGCAGCCAGGUCAGGCAUGACCACAGCAAACACAGUGGUUGCGGUGUUGGUGGUGGAGCUGAGGCGAAAAAAAGAAGAGAUUCUUCGUCGCCAGACCACACAGGGAUGUCUGGGUGUAUUCCGGACGACGAGCAUUCACACAAAAAGCGACGUGUGACAAAGUGAGACAAGUGGAGACAGAGAGACCAAAAGAACCAAGAAGACAAAGACCAGUAUUACAGAUAACUGAAGUAUCUCACAAACUUGAUGAUUCAGUGCUAGAGGAUUUCAUACCAUGAGCAGUCGCUGUCACUAGUAUGUUUCAAUAGUAUUUGUCUAAACUCUUCUCUGAUUGUGUUUUUACACCGAAGGACAUAAAGAAGGCGUGAUGAUGAAUUGAAACACUGCUUUUUAGAGUUGGUUGUCUCCCUGAUAUGACAAAGGUGGUACAGUCUUCUAAAGGAUCUCAGAAUUAUCCUCAGUUUACAUGGACCGAGGUGACUGCAUACAUACACAAUACAUACACAAUACAUACAUAUUUUAGUAUGAUGGAGAACGACGACAUCCUAUGUGAAAAUUAGUGGAGAAUCUUUCAGAGAAGUAUGGUUUUGAAUGGUGUUGAUGCUAGUGAAAUCUCGCGUGGCUUUCGUACAAUCACACGAUGCAACAAGAAAACUCACGGUAGUACAGGAAAUUCUACAAUUCAGACUCAUUGCUAAUUCCUUUGAACAAAAAUUUAAGAAAAAUCCUAGAGAAAAAAUCUCCAAACACAGCUUCAAUGAUUCUAAAAGGAAUUAUCUUAAUACAUGUCAGAAAAAAAUAGUGCAUUCCUAUUGACAACUUUCCAUGUCACUACACCACACUUUACCCCCGGCAUACAGCUGUCAUGAACCUCAAGUCAACAAAGACAAUAGAGGAAAGACGAUUGAUUACAUUCUUCAUUGUGCAUGGAAUAUUCCCGAACAGACAUACGGAUAUACUGCUUGUGAGAGUAAUUCUCUCCAUGUGUGUUGAAGUCUAGCUAAUUGUUUUGGGCGAAAAUACUGCUCAAAAGAAACGAUGAACAGAAGCUAAACUAAAGCUGUGAAAUCUCUAAGGAGCAGUACAAAUAUUUCCUCGUGUGCAAUAUUCCUAUUCCUGAGUGUAAUAUGUCGGGAUAUGUUCAAGCUUG